AUGCGCUGGAUUGCCAGUUUCAAGGAUUUGCAGCUUGAUAUUGUCGGUAUCAUUGCUGUGCUUGGAGAAGGCUCGAUAACUCGAAAUGCUCAGGCGACAAGUCUUUCUUGGUGGUCUACGCUACCUAGGCUUAUGCCAGCUCCCCACGCCCUGCUUGAACAUGAACGAAAAUACCGACUGCCUACAGCUCCGGGUAUCGUCGCUGGAGCAUACAGCGGCAUGAUGAAAAGGGAACUUAAUUUCUUCGCACAAUUACUUCAUCCAGAGCCGCUGGAAGAUUACCAGGUUGAGCUUCUUCAGGUGAUUGAGAAAAGAGGGCCUGCAGGAACAUCGACCCAUAGUCCAUUCGGUCCCAAGAAGUAUGGAGCCUUGUUCUGGAUUUCAGUCGCCGGAAGUGCCCUGACUCUGGCUUUGGUCGGGCUCUCUAUCUACUACCACGAUGGUUUCUCCUUGCUGGCGACCAUCAUGCUGUCGAUGGGCUCAAUCCGAGUGAUUCGUCCAACGUCCGAACAAAUUGCGCUCCUGUAUUUCCAGCUCGAGUACGCACAAUAUGCAAUCAGCGACACUCUAUAUCGUACCCUCGCCCUAUUGUCGACAGUCAUGCUCAUGACAGGAGUCGUGUGUCUGGCAAAUGCGUCCAAUAUUCUCCAGGUGGCCUUUGCUGCUUCAUAUAUCUUGCUGAAUGUCCUCUACUGGGCCGUGUCUGCCCUGAACCCUUUCAGAUACCACUGGCAACAUGCAUACGAUGUCGAAAUCAUGCCAGUACAAUAUCCCCAGAAUCAGGAAUUCGACGCCCCAAUUGCAAUCUCAAGGGUGGAUGAAUUGGAAGGGAGAGUCAGAAAGGAGUGGCGCCAAUUCCAAAAGGGCUGGGCCAUAGAGAAAGGGCAAGGUGGGCAAGGCAGCGCGCAUGGAGGAGCCAAGGCCGGUUUCAAGGGCAAUGAGGAAGCGCGAGACCUCAUCAGCGCGCUGUGGACCGCCAUUGUUUUGACCGGUACGUCUCAAUGGUUGAAUGAAGCAACCUCGAUAGCACCAAUGAACGCUGCGUGGAAAGAGUGGCUCCGCGAAGCCGACACCGCAGUCCAACCCCGACCUGGGAGAGCCAACGAUGAAUGGGACGGGCGACAUCGAUUUCAUCGCCGGCCACGGAUCCAGACUGGCUUAGAAUGGACUUUUACUCCGGCCACGCGAGACCAGGUGCGACUUUCUUCUCGCCAACGCCGCUCCAAGUUAAAGUCCUGGGAUUAUCAGGGACAACUUACUGGGAUAUUUGGUAAGCACGCACCUCGAACGAGGAUGCCGCCUGAGGAUGAGAUCGUGUCGGGAGACGCCGAAGACACCGGUGGGCCUGCGGGUUGGGGGCAACAUGGCGUAACUGACGAGGUGUAA